CCUGCGGCUCUGCAGACACAUGUUGCUGCACCAGAAGGGCGUUGCGUUUGACAGCAACAUCCUCAGACACAAAAGCUUUUUGUUGUCGUUGUGUAACUGGCGGCUUUUCUGUUGCUGCAGGACAAACACGCGUUAACGCUUUGUGAGGUUUUGUUCAUUAAGACAUUCCUCUGCGGAUUGGGGCGACACACACACACACACACACACACACAGAGGGGGUCUUUACAUAAUAAGGUGAAAUGCGCCCUUUAAAAGCGGGCUUCUUUUAGGGGCGCCGAGGAGGCGCAUCGCAAACGCGCGGAGCAGCGAGUGGAAAAGUCUGGAAACAGCCACACUUUGUUGCGUCAAAUCGUCUUCACGAUGGUGUCCUCUUCCCCGCUGGAUGAGGGCUUCUCCGAGCUGGAUGUGUUCUCUUUGGGGUCAUGCCUGAUGGUGGAAGGUCUGCUGGGUUUCUUCUUAAAUGCGGUGACGGUGGUGGCUUUCUUCAAAGUGAGAGAGCUGAGGACACCCAGUAAUUUCCUGGUGUGCAGUUUAGCGCUGGCUGAUAUAGGCAUUUCCGUCAACGCCACUGUGGCUGGUUUUUCCAGUUUUCUGAGGUACUGGCCCUAUGGCUCUGAAGGAUGCCAGACUCACGGUUUCCAGGGCUUCCUGACAGCACUUGCCAGCAUCCACUUCAUUGCUGCUGUUGCAUGGGAUCGAUACCACCACUACUGCACCAGAACAAAACUGCAGUGGAGUACUGCCAUCAGUCUGGCUGUAUUUAUUUGGAUAUUCUGUACCUUCUGGGCAGCUAUGCCCCUCAUUGGGUGGGGAGAAUAUGACUAUGAGCCACUCAGGACCUGCUGCACUCUGGAUUACAGUAAAGGAGACAGAAACUAUGUAUCCUACUUGGUUCCCUUGUCCAUCUUCAACAUGGGCAUCCAGGUGUUUGUGGUCAUGUCUGCUUACCGGGCCAUUGCACAGAAAUUCAAAAAGACUGGCAACACUAGGUUCAAUGCCAGCACUCCACUGAAGGUGCUGCUCUUCUGUUGGGGCCCCUAUGGCAUCCUGGCGUUCUAUGCUGCUGUGGAGAACGCCACCCUGGUCUCUCCACAACUCAGGAUGAUUCCUCCGAUCCUGGCAAAAACCUCACCGACUUUCAAUGUUUUCCUUUAUGCAUUGGGAAAUGAGAACUACAGAGGAGGUAUCUGGCAGUUACUUACAGGGGAAAAGAUUGCUGCGCCUCAGACUGAGAACAAAUCCAAAUAAAUUAAGCUUGUAAUAAUUGCACCCACUUGCAGUCCUUGUGGUUUCUCACAGGGAUUUGUUUUUUGUUUUUCUGUUUGAUACGGUGCAUGUGUUGUAGCCUUUGUCCCUUGCAGCACGUGUCAUGGGUUGUGCAUCACAUGCAAGGAUUUUGUGAACUGUAACUGUUUGUGGUCAUUGUGAAAAAACACUGAAUUUACUUGAAACAAAGACUUUUCUUGUAUCUUUCCUUGUACAGUAAAUGUGGCCAAUUCUGUAAAAACUUGA